UAGUUAUAUAUAACAAGCCGAGCCCACUCGCCAAGUCUUUCAUAACCCUAAGUGGGAGUAUAUAAACUUAUCAUCUUUUCGAGUAUUAGGGCUUUCGAUCGGCAAUUGUGCUCUCUGCUAUUUCUGUCUAACUCUCGGCCUGCAACAAUGGUGAACGUUCCUAAGACAAAGAAGACCUACUGCAAGUCCAAGGACUGCAAAAAACACACCUUGCACAAGGUCACACAAUACAAGAAAGGGAAAGAUAGUUUGGCUGCUCAGGGAAAGCGUCGUUAUGACAGGAAGCAAUCUGGUUAUGGUGGUCAGACAAAGCCCGUCUUCCACAAAAAGGCUAAGACUACAAAGAAGAUUGUGUUGAGGUUGCAAUGCCAAGGCUGCAAACAUGUCUCACAGCACCCAAUCAAGAGGUGCAAGCAUUUUGAAAUUGGUGGGGACAAGAAAGGAAAGGGAACAUCUCUUUUCUAGAUUGCCUGUCAAGUCAUCUAGAACUUCCUUUUUUUCCUUCUCUUAUGUAGCAACUGUUGAACUUUGGUUGUUUUGGAUUUUGGUUCUUUUGUGUUACAUUGUCUUUCAAUAGAUGAUUUGUGUUAUGAUAGUUAUUAUAUGGA